AUGAGAGCUAUUCACAUUCUGGUCUACCUGACAUUACUCAGCUUACAGGUAGCUGGAACAUAUCUCUCUCGCUAUAGCGGCAAUAACUACCGCCUUACGCUCCUUAGACGUCGUCCGAGCAGCAGGCCAUCCUCUGACGUCAUCCGUGAUGUUAUCUCACAGGCGGUCAACAUUGUAAAGGCGGAGGAUGGGAUGCUGAGAAAUCGCUUUAUCCAAGAUGUUGAUCGAGAAUUAGAAGAAUAUCGAGAUGUCGACCCAAAUCUCUUCAUCGACAGUCCACUGCCAGUGAGCUUGUUAUCAAGACGAUGUCGGCUUAUUAACUGGAUUGGACGUUUAGCCAGAGAAAAAAGGCUGCGAGUGCCCAUGACCCAAAUAUUACGUCACAGCGAGGCUCAACGCCAUGACGUCACGUGUCCGUUCAAACUGCCCACGUGUUCCCCUGCCAAGCCAUUCCGGACGAUAGAUGGUACGUGUAACAACCCAAGAAGGCCUUACCUGGGGGCUGCGUUUACCGCGUUCAAGAGGGAAUCCAAGCCCGCAUACGAGAGAGAGAACACUUACUUGGCUGGAACCAUUUGCACUCGGGAUGACAAACCUCGGACUACAGGAGUAAACCGAAGGCCUCUACCUAAUCCGCGGGAAAUCAGCGUCAGAGUGCACCAGUCUAACAGCAACACCAACCCAGAGUCCACCGUUACCUUCAUAUUCACCCUGUGGGGCCAGUUCCUGGCUCAUGAUCUGACCGAUCGGGCCCCUGGCAAAGGCUUCAAAGAUGUACCACUGGAAUGCUGUGACCAAACCGUAAAGACACCAAAGGGUAUCUGUUCCAACAUGGACAUUCCACCCGGGGACUUCUUCCGGAAGUUUGGUCGGAGGUGUUUGGCGUUUGCGCGGUCGGCUGAAGUCACAGAUUUUGAUUGUUCGGGAGCAAACCGUGAAGUGCUGAAUCUGGCCUCGUCUUUUUUGGAUGGAGGAAGUAUAUACGGUGUGGACCUGAACAAAUUGAGGAGGCUUCGGGCAUUCACAGGAGGUUUACUGGAAACCUCACAGAUGAAGAAUUUGCCUAUUUCAACUCACCCUAACGCCAAGGCGGCUGCACAAGGCUUUUCUUUCUUCCUUGCGGGCGAUGACCGCGUGAACGAGUUUACAGGACUGAUCGGGAUAGAGACAGUCUGGGUGAGGGAACACAACCGAAUCGCACAGAUAUUGUCCCGGUACAACCCACUGUGGGACGACGAGAGAAUCUUCUUGGAAACUCGGCGUAUCAUCAUCUCAAUGCUUCAACACAUCACUUACAACGAGUAUCUCCCGAAAAUCAUCGCCGAAGAUUUACUCCGAAAAUUUGACCUGAAGCUCCAAGCGGACGGCUAUUACAGGGGUUACGACAGCGCCGUAGAUCCCAGAGUAUCCAAUUUAUUCGCAACAGUCGCUUUGCGCUUCGGCCAUAGCAUGAUGAGGAGCACAUUUACUUUGGUGGACGAAAAGUUCAAGCUGGGCCGAACACCCGCUCUCACCCUGAGGAACUUGUUUUUCACCCCCAUUAUUUUUCUGAACAACGAGGAUUCCAUUAUGCGAGGGAUGUCUUCGGACGCCAGCGAAACAUGUGAUCGUAUCGUAACCAAAGAGUUUGUGAACCAUUUGUACCAAACCAAAACCGGAAAUGGAUUUGAUCUCCCGGCAUUCAACAUUCAAAGAGGACGUGACCACGGGUUAGGAGGCUACAAUCAUUGGCGGAGCCAUUACGGUCUGUCUAUCGCUAGGAGCUUCACAACCAGUCAGACGAGUGGUUUCCGGGACCACGACCAAGAAACCGUGAACAGAUUCAAGGCCGUGUACAGUCAUCCGGACGAUGUUGAUCCAUGGACAGGUGGCGUGUCGGAAUUGACUGGAUCCCGCCAUCUUGCCGUCGGACCUCUCUUCCAAAACAUCAUCGCCCACCAAUUCCAGGUGCUCCGGAAAGGCGAAUAG